CAUGUUGCUCUCUGCCUCCAUGAACUCCAUUUCGUCCAUUCCUUCACCAGUGUACCAAUGCAAAAACGCUUUACGCUGGAACAUGGCUGUAAACUGCUUGCUCACUCUCCCGAACAUCUCCUGGAUCGAUGUGGAGUUCCCUACAAAUGUGGAUGCCAUCUUUAGGCCUGUCGGUGGAAUAUCACACACGCUUGACUUCACAUUGUUAGGGAUCCACUCGACAAAGUAUGAUGAGUUUUUGUUUGCACAUUGAAUCUGUUCAUCCACCUCUUUCGUGCUCAUGUUUCCCCUGAACAUGGCUGAUGCUGUCAGGUAA